UAUAUUAAAGUUAACAUGAACUUCACCAGCAUUUCUUUACUUUCAGAUGUGUUCCGUGGAAUGGAGGGUAAGAAGUCACCUUCUGAGCAAAGUGUUUCUGUAGAAGGAGUGUCACAAGACAGGAAUCCCAAGGCAUCUCUAUCUACUCAGAAGGACUACUCCUGUGACAUGUGUGACCUACACUUGAAAGACAUUUUAUAUCUGGCUGAACACCAGGCAACACAUCCCAGUCAGAAACUGUACAUGUAUGAGGCAAAUGGGAGAGAGUUUGAGUUCGGUGCAAACCUUCACCAGCAAAAGAUGCAGCAGGAUGUAGACAAGUCUAUCAGAAGGGAGGAGGGUAGGGCCUCCCUUGUGAAGAGCUGCAGAGAUGACACAUCUGAGAAACCUUUCGCAUUCAGCGAGGGUGGGAAGGACUUUGUGGCCACAUCUGGCUUUCUGCAGCAUCAGGUCAUUCACAAUGCAGAGGAGCCACAGCAGGGCACCGAACGUGUGGAGGAUUUUCACACUGUGGAAAGCCAUAACAAAUGCAGUGAAUUUGAGAACACUUUCAGUAACAAACCCACACUUGCUCAACACCAGAGAACCCACACUGCAGAGAGGCCUUAUGAGUGCAGCAAAUGUGGUAUAUUCUUUAGCCACACUGCUGGCCUCUUACAACACCAGAGAGAUCAUAAUAGAGGAAAGCCUUAUGAGUGCUGUGAAUGUGGGAAAUUCUUUAGCCAACACUCCAGUCUCAUUAAACAUCAGAGAGUCCACACUGGUGAAAGCCCUCAUGUGUGCAGCGAAUGUGGGAAAUUCUUUAGCCGAAGCUCCAAUCUCAUUCAACAUAAGAGGGUUCACACUGGAGAAAAGCCUUAUGAGUGCAAUGAAUGUGGGAAAUUCUUUAGCCAGCGCUCCAACCUCAUUCAUCAUAAGAGAGUUCAUACUGGUAAAAGUGCUCAUGAGUGCAGUGAAUGUGGGAAAUCCUUCAACUGCAACUCAAGCCUAAUUAAACAUUGGAGAGUUCACACUGGAGAAAGACCUUAUAAAUGCAAUGAAUGUGGGAAAUUCUUUAGCCACAUUGCCAGUCUCAUACAACAUCAGGUAGUUCACACUGGUGAACGGCCUUAUGGGUGCAGUGAAUGUGAGAAAGCCUUCAGUCGAAGCUCUGAUCUCAUGAAACAUCAGAGAGUCCACACUGGUGAACGGCCUUAUCAGUGCCCUGAAUGUGGGAAAUCAUUUAGCCAAAGCUCCAGCCUCAAUAGCCAUCGGAGACUUCACACUGGUGAACGGCCUUACCGGUGCCCUGAAUGUGGGAAAUUCUUUAACCAAAGCUCCAGCCUCAAUAAUCAUCGGAGACUUCACACCGGUGAGCGGCCUUAUGAAUGCCUGGAAUGUGGGAAAACCUUCAGACAAAGGUCUAAUCUGAGACAGCACCAGAAGGUUCACAAACCAGACAGACCAUAUAAGUGCAGUGAAUGUGGAAAAGCCUUUAGCCAAAGGCCUACCCUCAUUCGGCAUCAGAAAAUUCACACUAGAGAAAGGAGUACAGAGAAUGUACUACCUCCUUCAAUUCAAGAACACACACUAGAGAGAAGCUCUGAGAGUAGUUUUUAUAAGGGAGCCAUCAGCCAGAAGUUAAACCUUGUUCAUCCAAAUAUUCACACUGGGGAGAUUCCCUAUGAAUGCUAGAUAUGUUGGAAGCUUUCUGGAGCUAAAUUGCAUUUUCAGACCAUGGACUUUACCAGAGUUUUGUCACUGCUGGUGUUUGUGGCAGAAGCCAUCUCAGCUCUACCCACUGGCAGGUCUCUAGAGUGUAUGUCAGCUGCUUCCUUGCGCUCAGGGAAUGCAGACCUCUGUCCUCUCUACAAGGGAAUGCAAGUAGCCUGUGGCCAUUAGAGUGCCUCAUUCCAUUCCAUCGUGACUGGUUUAGCUGGGCUCAUGACCCAUCUUUGGCCAUGAAGACUUGAACUGAGUUCUGCUGGCAGCUUGAUGAGGUUUCCCUUUUUCGAGAACAUUGUUGAUCUCAUAUGAUGCUCAUGGUGAAUUUAUCCAGCCACUGUAUUACCCAUUCCAACAACUACCUAUUUUAAAUUGCUCUGGUUUCAGUGAUAAUAAGGGUCUCAUUGAUAAAGCCACCUUUAAUCUUCUGUGUUCUGAUCACUAUGUGUAAUGGAUUGAGACCAGAAUUAGGGCUACCAAAUGAACAGGGUUUCCAAAUUUAUUGCCUCAGAAGGAACAGCAGGAUGGCAGAGAAGAGCUCUCAGUCCAGAUUUGGCUUCAAUUGUAUUACUAUGCAAGUCCUCCUAGGUAAAAUUGUAGGGUUUUUGGCCUAAUGUGGUCUGAAUGGCAUAAAUGUUUGUGGAUUAGAAAUUACUCUGAGGUGGAGGCAUUUCUGACAAACUCUAGUGCAUCUGAGAGCAGUACAAAUUUGCCCCCUUGUUUUCAGGGGAUGCCUCAUAUUCCCUAGCUCUGUUGAACAGACACUGUUUACCUGACACCUGCCAUGGAGCCAUAUACCUUGAAGUCUAACAUCUGGUUUACAGGUUUCUCUAACUGUAAGACUUACUGGGCCCAGUUGGGACCAUAAUUUGUACAGAAACACUGGGCAGGGGUGAUAACAGGGAGUAAAUGAGACUGCAGCAAACUAGAGAGAAUGUACCUGUUCUAAAACUGAAUCCUCAAAUGUUCUCUUGAAUCUGACUGUGCAGAAUUCAAACUUUGCAGAAAUAUCCAAGACCUCCAGACCUCUGUCUUAUUGGCAGAGUAAAUGAUCUAAAGGUUUUUUUAAUUAUUGCAGGCUCACUGCACUAUUCAUCUCAAGGUCAUUGCUGCAAUGGCAGGAAAAUGGUGAUUGAGAAGAGGUAGAUCCUGUACUCUAGGGAUAAAGUAUUUGUGACAGCCACUUUUGCUGCCAAGGCAAGGAGAGAUAGUAGAGUCAAUAUAAGGUUGCCACAUCUUCCAGUUUUCCAUAAUGAAUGGAAAUCAGGUUUUUAUGUGCAACUAUUUCUUUUAAUGCUUUGUUGAGAUGAAAUUGUCAGCAAAUAAUUGACUGUACACAUUUGAUGUGUACUCUUUGAUAAGUUUUUAAAUAUGUGUAUACUCAGGGAACCAACACUGUUGUCAUGAUGAACCUAUCCACCACUCAAAGCUACCUCAUUCUCUAUUAUUCCUCUUUGCCAUCCCCAGGAAACCAUUAGCCACAUCCCAAGGAAUGUAUUGGUUUACCUUUUUUUCAAUAUAGUCUUUUCUACAAUUUUAUGCAAUCAGAAUCAGAAAGUAUUUAUAUUCUAUUUUUUGUCUAUUUUUUGUCAUACAGCAUAAUUAUCUUGAGACUCUUGCAUGCCGUGUGUAUAAAUAGUUUAUACAUGCAUGCUGAGUAGUGCUCUAUUGAAUGAAUCCACCAUAUUUGUUUAUGUUUUAUUUUUUAAAUUAAAAGUCUAAUAAAAUACACAUAAAAUUUACCAUCUUAACUAUCUUUAAGUGCACAGCUUAGCAGUAUUAAGUACAUUCAUAUUGUGUGACCAUCACCACCAUUCAUCUCCAGACCUCUUUAUCUUGUAAAACUGAAACUCCACACCCAUUAAAUAAUAACUCCAGAUUCCCCCCUCCAACCGCACUCUUUUGCAUGUGGAUAUCAUCUUACAAUGGAUUGAUCUUAGCACCCUUGUCAAAAAUCAUUCCAUAUAGUGAGGGUUUAUUUCUAGGCUCUAUUCUAUCCCAUUGGUCUAUACGUCUGUCUUUAUGUGAGUACCUCACUGUUUUCAUUAAUACAGCUUUGUAGUAAAUUCUGAAAUUGGGAAAUGUGAGUCUUUUGACAUUGAUCUUCUCUUUCAAGAUUGUUUUUAGCUAUUCAUGGUCCCUUGAGGUUCCACAUGAAUUUUAGGAUAGCUUUUUUCUGUUUCUGCAAAAAAGUUAUUGGGAUUUUGAUAGGGAUUGCAUGAAAUCUGUAGAUUUCUUUGGUAGUAUCGAUAUCGUAACUACUCCAUCCAAUUCAUGAACAUGGGAUGUAUUUCCAUUUAUGUCUUCAUUUCAGAAAUGUUUUGUAGUUUUGUAGUACAAGUGUUCACCUUCUUGGUUAAGUUAAUGCCUAAGUAUUUUUCUUAUUGAUGCUAUUGUAAAAGGAAUCAUUUUCAUUUUCCCACUCAAAUUCUAUGUUUAGAAAUGUUUAGAAAUGCGACUGACUUUUCUAUGUUGGUUUUAUAUCUUUGCUGGAUUCAUUUAUUGGUUUUAACAGUAAUUUUGUAGAGCCUUGAGAGUUUUCUACAUAUAAGAUUAUAUUAUCUGUGAACAAAGAUAAUUCUACUUUUUCCUUUACAUUUUGAAUGUUUUUUAUUUCUCUUUCUUGCCUAAUUCAUCUGGGUAGUACUUCCA